CCUUCUAUACAUGUCAGCAAGGCCACACGCCUUUAGUCACCGGGACCCUUUGGAUGAACCAGUUUUUCUAAUGAUAGUUCAGUCAUGUCGGCACCUGCCAUGGGGACCAGCAAAACAGCGCACAGUGAUUCCAGUAACAAAAGGAAAAAGGGACCCGGCACGCUGGCCAUCGCUUAUCUGGUCAUUUACAACGUGGUUAUGACAGCAGGAUGGCUGGUGAUUGCAGUUGGUCUUGUUCGAGCAUACCUGGCCAGAGGAAGUUACCAUGGUCUUUAUUACUCGAUAGAGAAGCCCCUAAAAUUCUUUCAGACUGGUGCACUCCUUGAGAUAUUGCAUUGUGCCAUGGGAAUUGUUCCCUCCUCGGUGGUCCUGACUGGGUUUCAAGUGAUGUCACGGGUGUUCCUCACCUGGGCAGUGACACACAGCGUUAGAGAAGUCCAAAGCGAAGACAGUGUUCUCCUUUUUGUGGUGGCCUGGACGGUCACGGAGAUCAUCCGUUACUCUUUCUACACCUUCAGCCUGCUCAACCAUCUGCCUUACCUCAUCAAAUGGGCAAGGUACACAUUUUUUCUUGUGCUGUACCCUAUGGGAGUGUCGGGGGAACUUUUGACGAUCUACGCCGCGCUUCCAUACGUACAAAAAACAGGGCUCUACUCCAUCACCUUGCCUAACAAGUACAACUUCUCCUUCGACUACCACACCUUCCUCAUCCUCAUCAUGAUCUCCUACAUCCCCUUAUUUCCUCAGCUCUACUUCCACAUGAUGCGCCAGAGGAAGAAAGUUCUGGGUCACAUGGAGGAGUACAGCAAAGUGGAAUAACUCGGCCCGCAGUGCGCCUCACACAGCAGACUGAUAGCAAAACGGAAACAAGCGCAUAACCUUUAAAAGCCACACUUUACAGAUUUUCAAAAAAGAAGACUACAAGGCCGCCUUGUCGAAAAACAGGCCUGAUAUGCAGAAUGUUUGUUAAUACUAUUUUGGU